AAUUGUAGUUAAAUCGGGAGAAAAUAGCGUCAUAAACUUGUGUGCCGUUAAACUAACGUCUUACAAUCCAAUAUAAAGGAAACAAGAUUCGGGAACAAAAACGGGCCGCAAAGAAAAUAGCGAGGCGAAGCGAGUGCGUCUAUCAGGCACUUCACUCGGAUGUUGCACGGUCUACAAAAUUUCUUGUGCAUCACGGUCUGUGGCAAGCGCCGUCGAUCAGCAGUGACAGUGGCAAUUCGUGCGACGUUGAAGUUUUCCAGCCCCCAAACCGCAGAGACGACAUUUCUGUCCGCCUAAGGCGUUGCUCCUCCGCUCGGACCUGCGGAUUGGACUCUUGGCGACUCGAUGAGUGCUUGUUGUGGUUGAAAGGUCACUCAGUAACAACGACACGUAACGCCGAGAGGUUCAAGGACACGCGGCGCAGACGUCGCGCAGAGUGUCGACGGCCUCGAAACAGCCGCAGCACCCGCGAAAAGCAGAAGUCGAAGACCAACGCCCGCUGGGGGCUGAGAAGUUGCUCCAGGCAUUCGAAUCGGGUAUCCAUCUGGACAAAAGCCCAAACGAGGUUCCUGUUCACAGCCGCGGCCAUGGCUGUCAAGCAGAACAACAGCGAGCCCAACGAAGCCACCGAUGGGGUCAACUCUGCCUCCGGCGGUGCCUCAAACGGCGCCAUGCCAGCCAAUGGUAAGCAACCAGCAGCCAACAACAUAAAGAUCUCCGACGAUGGUGGCGGCGCCGCCGGCGCCGAGAGCAUGGACACGAAUGGCACCAGCCCCAGCGAGACAAGCGAGGAUGCCGGCCAACUGAACACAGUCACGAAGAGAGACAUACAGGCGCUGCUCAGCACUCUGCAGAGCCUCGAUCAGUCGGACAGGGGGCAUAUGCUGAACGUAUACGAGCGGAUUAUCAUCAAGCUGGGGCGCAUGAAGCCGGGCAGUAAGAGCGACGAUCUCCUGCGCUUCAAGGAGGAGGCGGUGAAUUUGGGCAACAUCCUUGCCAGUGCAAGUGAGAAGAACUACCUCAUGUUCUUCCUUCGCGUCGUCUACGAACUGAUCACAAAGUCCGGCGAGGCGGGCCCCUCCUAUGCGGUGGCCGUUGUCUUUCAGCUGUUCAGUACUCCGCUCAUCAGUGAGGCUGUGCAAUCGCUGCUGGACACGAAUGUCCACGACUCGAGCAUACGCAAGACGGUGGUCCUGCUGUGCGAAUGGAUCUGUGUGUGCAACUUCUGCCCGAACCUCAAUAUGUGGGUCAUGGCCCUGUUGACAGGCCUUCGCAAUCAGGGCAAGCAUGUGCUCCUCGACGACAUUUCCCUGGACGCCAUCGAAAAGCUCUUCAAAGCGCUAAUACUACCCGCCAUGCGCCCCAAGGCGGCUCCGAUAGUGUUCCACAUGCUGUCGACCAUCAAUCAGACACCCGAAAUAUUCCGCAAGAUAUUGCCACGUGUACCCCAGGUGCUGAACUUUCUGAAGCAGCAGUCCAACAGCACGGACGAAUUCGGAGCGGAGACUCGCCAGUGCAUGCAGCAGCUGGUCGAUCUAACCAGUGCCCUGAUGCUGCGUUUCAACGAAAACAGCGAUCUCUAUGCAUCCGUGAGGAUUGCCAUGCAGAUGUAUGAGCCGUCGCCAAACUGCGGGGCUAUGGCCCGGGCCAUGCAGGAGAACGCCAUGCCCGCGGGACGACGCAAUGCAAGGGUGGGACUGGUGAAUCUCGGCAACACGUGCUACAUGAACAGCGUACUCCAGGCCCUGGCCAUGACCAGCGAUUUCAGCCGCCAGAUACUGCUGGUCCAGAGCGAUUCUUUGCUGCUGCUGAAGGUGCAGCAACAGAUUGCCCUUAUGCACCACUCGAUGCGGUGUGAGCUGACACCAACGCGCGUGUUGAACGCCGCAAGGCCGCCGGGCUUCACACAGGGUCUGCAGCAGGACAGCUCCGAGUUCCUAGGCUAUUUGCUCGACCUGCUGCACGAACAGGAGAUCAACAAAGUUGGAAGCCACAGUCUGCAUGGCAAUGACGUCGAUGCCCCGGGCGAGCUAAACGAUGAGAUUCUGUCCAGCGGAGUCAUACCCUACAACAGCCAUGACCGCGAGAUCGCCGGCAGCAGCACCAGUGCCAGUCACAAGCCCACUUCGACACCCACCAAAGGCACAAAUAGCUCACAGCAACAGCAGCCAAAGAAGCCAAAAUCAACCAUUGACAAGACGUUCACCGGCAAACUGUCGACGACGUACAAUUGUUCGGACUGCAGCUGGGAGAGCCACAACGAGGACAGCUUCCGUGAGCUGCAGCUAUCGUUUCCGGACGACAAGGACGACUGCAGUGCCACCAAUUAUUCGGUGCAGGACCUGAUCGAGUACUACUGCUCGCCGGAGAAGCUGGACGGGGAGAAUCAGUACUUCUGUCCCCGCUGCGAGAAGCUCUGCGAUGCCGAUCGCCGUAUCGGGGUGACAGAGGCGCCACGCAAUCUCGUCCUGACUCUCAAGCAGUUCAAGUACGAUCAGAAGUACCAUUUUCGCACCAAGCUAAUGCACAAGGUGUUUCACGAUGAGAGUCUCGUGGUUAAGAUAUGCUCAACCGAUUCACUGCAGGAGCAGUCAGCAGUUUACUAUGAGAUGUACGCAGGCGUGGUACAUUCGGGCUACCACAUGGACUCCGGCCAUUACUUCACCUUCGCCGCUGACCAGUCCAGGAACUGGUACAAGUUCAACGACAGCAUUGUGACCUCUUCGCAGUCCGAGGAAUUGCACAACCUCACCUCGCCCAACACCCCCUACAUACUCUUCUACAAGAUGUGCGGCCGCUCGCACGAGUCCGAGAUGGUGUCGGUGCCCCAAGUCCCACCGCUCACUCUGGAGGAGCUGCCGAGCCCACUGCGCGACUAUGUGAAGAAGGACAAUCGGGCGUACAGCGAGGAAGUGCGCUCACAGCGCUUCCAGGGCAGCAACGGAACCAACGGGCAUGGAUUCCUUACGCGCAACGACUAUGACGGCGACGAUGAGGAUGAUCGUGCCCCACCGCCCUCAGGCGGCUGUGGUGGCAACGACCUGGGCAUGAAUGUGAAUCGCUUCGUCUACUGAGGCGGGAGCGGAGGAGGAGGAGCAGGAAGUGGUGCGGACGCCGGCGCAGCUGGAGUCGUGGAGGAGGGGAGGAAGGCAGGCAACUGGAGCAAAAACAUAUAUGUCUAAUUUAUAAUCACGCGCAUGCUAAACUUAAUGUUAUAUAUAUACAUAUAUUCCCAGUACAUAUAUUGAUAUAUACCGAUGUAUAUAUCUUGCCACAGACGCGGUACAACAGUGAGUGUGUGUGUGUGUGUAAGUGUGUGUAUGUGUAUUUAUGUAUAAGCUAUCUCCUUCCCCCUCGCUUCUUUCUGGAAGCCUGCGGUUCCAUUGUUGUCCAUGUUCCUUAAACUGUAGGGCUGUCCUCCUCAAACGACCCCAACCCAACCCAACCCGACCCCCAUCCGACACACACAAACUACUACGUACGAAGUAUUUCAUUUACAUUUACAAAAUUGUUAUGAUUUUUUUUGUUUUUGUUAACACAAACCUAGCUUUAGGACGGAGCAUAUAUGCGUACGCGAAGAAACCCGAACAUAUAAAACAUACACAGAUGACUAUGAGAUCCAUCUGAAUUAACCAGAGAAGAAUUAUAUACACAUACCAGAGCGCGGAAGCUGCAACCAAAACCAAACCCAACCCAACGCGACCGCCAUCUCUGGCCAGAAGAAUCUAUUAAACCAACCCAUCCUGUAUGCA